UGUGAGAAACUGUAUGUCUGCUACAUGCACAAUUUCUGUAGUGAGGGUUUGUCUGUGUGACUCAACUGAGAGAAAUGUAAUGGCUCAACCACCCAUGUUAAGGGAAAACCUUCCUGCUCUUUGAUUUAAAAAAUUUUAACGUCAGAGUAGUCAUCUAUAUAAAGUUGUUUAAUAACAUAAGGUAACUUUUUGAACUGAUGCCAAAUUUACAUUUGUGGAGUGGGGAGAAAAAUUAUUCAGGGCAAAAACAUUGCUGGUUUUUACAUUUUACAAGUACGACUCUGAUAUCAAUGUAACAUUCCUCAGGGUCUAUGUUUCUACAUCCUCUGCUACCGUCAGAAAUGAGAACUUUUCUUUCGUAUGUUAGCCAGGGAAAGGUUUGUAUUGCCUAAAAACUUAAGAAGAGUGAGUGCUAGAAAAGAACUGUACUCCUCUUUGGUAAACUUAAAGAGUAGUAAUUAGUAGGAUAAAGUAUCUGAAUGUUCUGUUAAAUCACAGAAUCUGGUAACAGAAUUAAGUUAUUCCAGCUGGAGUGUAUAGAAUCUUUCAUGUGGUCAACUCCACUACUUGAAAUAAGAGCAGAAGGUCAAGUAAUUUUGUAAAUGCUUGUUUAUAAUUUUACAACCUUGCACAUAAUUGAGAUGCUUCAGAGCUCAUAAAAACUAGCAACAAAAAGGCUGGAAAGAAUUCCAUCAUCUAUCCAUUGCUGGAAACAUAUAAUUCAAUCGUGGUAUAAAAUCUGUAAAUGUAAUUAGAAGAAUUUCACAGUUUGCUCAUGUAAAAUUCUUCCCUGCUCCAUUGUUCAACAAAAGGCACUUGGCUGGAAGGAGUAGUCAUUUUCUGGUGGAUGGCUGCUUUGGAAAGCCACGUGGUGUGGAGACAGUUAAGGUGUGGUGGAGGAAGCACUUAUGCUCAGAGGCAGCUCUUGGAAGUGGGUGGUGGUAGGAGAGAGUGUUGGAGCAGCUAUACCCAGCACAUCAGGCUGGGCUUUGCUCCACAGUCAGCAGCAUGAGAGAUCAAAUAGACCUGCUGGCCACAGUCACGGUUCUGGGGGUCCUGGAGCAAGCCUAUUUUGCAAUGCAGGUGAUCUACGCUCGUCGGAAGUACAAGAUUUCCCCUCCUGAAACAACAGGUCACCCUGAAUUCGAGCGGACCUUCAGAGCUCAGGCAAACUGCUCAGAGUACUUCCCAAUCUUCAUUUCCCUCCUCUGGGUUGCUGGAAUCUUCUUCCAUCAAGGUGUGACUGCAGCCUGUGGGCUCCUGUACCUCUACACCCGCCUCAGGUACUUCCAGGGCUACGCUGUGGCAGCACAGGGACGGUUGGGACCACUGUAUGCCAGUGCCUGGCUGCUCUGGGUGCUGGUGGGGCUAGCACUGGCUGGGCUCCUGGCACACUUCCUGAGGCCCAGCUCCUCCACAUGGAUGGCAGCACUGGUGUGGCCUCUCCAGCUCUGUGGUGCCUGGUGAGAAGGGUCACAGGUCUCCCAACACCGUGUUUGCUCCUGGCACAGGGGAGCCAGUCAUACAGCACCAUCAGAGAGAGAAUAUUUCCCUGGCUCUGCAUUCCCUGCUGAAGGGAGAUGGAUGCUGGCGCUCCUCUGGUCUUCAGAGAUAAUUUCCCUCCUAGAAAGCAAAUGCUUUCCAGCCCCUGCCCCUGCUGAGGAGAUUCACUGCUGGGCUUUGUAGCACUGUCUGCUCUAAAAUGCCUCUGGCUCUGCCUCAUGGAGCACAGGUUGACCCACAUGCUGUCAUCUCUCCUUACUGCUGUAAUGAUCUAUGUUGAAGAAUCAUACCAUGGAUAUAAAAAAUAAAUUCUUUUUCUGACUAGAAAUCAUCUGUGAUUGUCAAAGGUGCUCAGAGACUGGUGUGAGAACAUCUGAGUUGGGGACUGGGUUUCAUAGGAAAAGCUGCUGUGGUUAACUGAAAAGGAUGGGUAAGCUUGCCUAAAACCACAUCCAAAUAUUGGGAGAAAAGCCUGACCCUAGCUCAAGUACUAAAGUCUGUUUAGCAUUGAUUAAAUGACCUUUACUUUACCCCAGCUUUACUUAUCACCAACUCUGCAACAGGACUUUGCACUCCCUGGAUUCCACCCUCCACUGUGAACUUGGGGUUCCCAGGUGCCUAAAGCAGCCCUGCUGGCAAGUGACUCUCACUACUGCACCAAAGGUUUAAAUUUAGCUUUUAUUACAGUGCACAUUGUUUUAUAUAUUUAUAUAGAGAGAUGUACUUGAAAAAUCAAAUGUAUCCAAUAAUAAAAAAUACAGAACAUUAAA